UCGAUUAAUUUGCAAGGAAAUCUUCAGUUUCCAGCUUCUCUUCUUCUUUAUUUUAGCGAUGCAAUAAAACUUGUGAUUCCGUCAACAUAAAAUAGGAAAUAAUAAAUUGUCUUUUCUCCAGUAUGCAUAUAAUAGAAUUAUAUAUGUGAACUGAUUCUUCGUUUAGUUCUGUUCUGCCUUCCAGACAAAAGUGUCUCGAAUCACUAACUGCGUUUUUGUUUACGACCUUCCAAUUGCGCUGACACUUUGAAAUCAGGCGCUUCUCUGUUUACAAAAAAUAUUGCACUGGAUUGCAUUUUGAAACAUCCUUAAAUAUCUUGGAAAAAUGGAACACCUACUGGAUCCUGGCCGCGAAGAAUCCAUUUUGAUAACUCAGUUUGUUAAUCCCCAUCAAUUCAGCUAUGUGAGAUGCGUAGAUGUGGAGAACUCUGCCAUGUUGGUUCGCCAAAUAGAGCAGGAUUUAAAGGAUUACUGCACCAGUGAAAGGACAAAGCAGGUUUACGUGAAGGAUGAGGGAGUUAUUGUGCGCUACAAGCCCUGGAGGCCACCCAAGCUCCUAAGGGGUGUGGUGUGCACGAGGCAGGACGAGGAGUACCUGGUUUGGAUCCAGGAUUACGGAUUUAACCUCUGCUGUUCUGUGCGGGAUUUGUGGCCGCUGCCUGACCAUUUGAGCCGCAGUUUAUGGGACUUCAAAGAGGGUGGUGUGGCCUUGAUUGCUCCCCAUUCCGACAGUGGCUGGCCCCGAUCCGCCAUCAACGCUUUGGACAAGCAACUGGAGGAAGCCAAUCAAAUCACAUUUCAAGUCUUACAUCGUGGCCAAUCGAAUCGAAAUUUCGGCAUGCUUAGCUUCGGAUCACCACGCCCGACUGAGAAUGCUGCAAACUUUCUGAGAGCGCAGAACCAAGACCGCUACAACGACUCUUUGGCCAUGGUCAGCUCUGACGAGGAUACAAGGUUUAAAAUGGCCGAAAUCAACGACAUGUCGAUCAAAGCACGACCACGUGUAAAAAGGAUAAUUGAACUAGUGGCCGGUAAUCCAUUCCCCCAAGAGCCCAUCGUAUUGUCCAAAAACGUAAAGGCAAGUAAAGACAAGCAAGAAGUAUCGACUAAAAUCCCUUCUCCGAUUCAUCAGCAGAAGUUAGACGCCCUGCUUCAGAAUCGCGACACCUAUCUUAUACCAAACUCAGUGAAACUCCUGAGCAAGAUUCAAAGUAUCAACGAAAGUUCCGUGCAAACUGCGCUCGCUAAUAGAUCAAAACAAAUAAUCAAAGAAAUACCAGAUAAAAGCAAUCUAUUAGACGUAAAUGGACAAAUAGAAAUAAAACACCUAGGAUCUGAAAAUCCGUCAGAAGGUGUAUCAAAACUGAAACUGAUGAAAACUUCAUCAGAAAAACAAAAUACUACAAUUUGCUCCUAUCAGCCAAAGACUACCGUGUCAUCAACAACGCGUAACAUGCACUCUUCAUCUACAAAUUCAAACUCAGAUGUGCAUAAAUCGAUGCCCUUAUAUAAGCCCUCAUUUGUGCCCACUUCCGUGUUAAAAGCACCAAGAACUAAUUUUACGCCUCCAUCGCCCGCACCUUUAAAUGAAAAUAUUAGCAACCAAUCGAACAAUCGAGCAGUAUUUUUUUCAAUGGAUAAAAUGGAACAGAUAUUUAAUGACAUGGUUGGUAAAAAAUCCUCCGACAGAGAUAUAAAAAAAAGUCGAAACCAGAUGCCAAAUCCUAAUGUUUCAACAACUAAAAGAGUUGGAGUAAAGAUGGACGUAUCUCGCUCAAAACGCACGGGUGAUAAAACACCAAGUGUCUGUCUAAAACAUCUAGUGGUGGCCCACAGUCACGAGCCAGUGAAUCCUGUGACUAGUUACAAGAAGCUACCAUUAGGGAACACUAUCCUGAACGCUCUGGAUGACUUGAGCUUCCACUCAGCCCUGCCCACGCAAAUGUACGCCUGGCCGCAUCUCAUGAAACGCGGAUCCCUGGUGCUGGUUAAUCCCUCUGGAACGGGUCGCUCUUGGAGCUACCUGCCCGUGGUUUGCUCUGUCGUGUUGCGCUCAAUGGAAAAUGUAACUUCAACCCUCGAUGAUCGGAUCGCUCCGGGUCCUCUGGCCAUACUGGUUGUGGACUCUGUAGAGAAUGCCGAAAAGCUGACUUCACAUUGCGAUUUCCUAAUGAGAGAUUUCAAAACACAAAAUCAUAAGGUGGUCAAUACACAUGCUCAUUCCAGGAUAGAUGCGUACCUGAUUCUACUCAAUUCGUGCGGUGUUUUAGUGACAACAUUGGCGCACUUCAAGGACAUCUUGUUCCAUGAAUUACCGCUGGUAGAUCCGACUAGAUUAGAGUUCCUAGUCUUCGAUGACUACGAUCGCAUGCGACUGGAGAACCCGGAGCUCCUGGACGAAGUGUUUCAGAAAAUAAAUAGCAUCGGUUGUCUACCAAUGCAGUUAGUGCUGGUAGCUCAACAAUGGCAUUCUGAGAGAUUUCAGAAGCUGUUAAAUCGUACAACGAAACCACUGACACUAUUUGGGGACUUCUUAGAGGCCGCCCUAUACGGGGGUCUCAAAUUUAACGUCAUUCUCCGCAGUUCCGCCGUGAAGGCAAGCCAGCUUCUCGAUGUCCUGGCAGCACAGAAAGGACCCAAAAAGCGCACGUUGAUCUACUGCAAAAAUCAGAUGGAGCUGGAGGAUCUAAAAGUAUUCUUAGUAGGAGCCGGGCAUCAAUGUGUGGACAUUUCAAAGUCACCAAACUUGAGCCCUAAUCACUUGAUGCUGGUCGUCGAUAGCCAGGUGCAGGAACAGUUGCCAGUGAGAAACAUUCAGCUGCUUAUCCACUUUGGUCUUCCGGAGUCGUGGUUAAGAUUUUCCGCCCGAUUCCACACAAUGACAGAAAAUAUACGGAAUUUAUUUACAACCCCGACAGGAAGAGUGCAACAGUUAAUUACUUACCUAUUGCUGGACGAGAAAAACGCCAAGGAAUGGCCCCGCACCAUGAAGUUUUUAAAGGAUCACGGCUUAACCCCCAGACAUUUGAUGUCCCAAUUAUCUUACAGUCAGCAGCAGUUGGAUGACAGUCCCUACUGCCCAUACAAACUAAGCAAUGGUGAUUGCAAUCGUAACCAGUGCACCAAGCGACAUUACUUCCUUAAAACAGAUACUGCGAAGAUUGGAAAUCCUCUUCUUCAACCGGGUACCCUAAUUCGAUGCAAGUUCCUCAAAGCCUAUGACGGCGCUCAUAUGGCUGUCAUGCCCAUGAAGUAUAAGUCCAAAGGCUCGACCAGUUGGAUCGAUGUGCCUUAUCCUUCAUAUCCAUCGACGUUACUCUUCAAGAUGAGUUUCGGUGUGCAACGGAAGGUACAAGACUUCUAUAACAUUGACGAUGUGUGUUUUGUGAUACAUCAGGAACUCCUAAGCCGUGUCAGGAUUGUAGACAUUCCUGUCAGACGUUUGGUCACUGUUCAGUUGAUGGAUCAUGGCACUGAGUUAGUGCAGGUCAAGGGUAGUCAGCUGCUGGAGUGUCCGGAGGAGUUCAGAAACCUGCCACAUCUGGCCAUGGAUAUUCGUUUGUCGGGAUUGGUUGGAUCAGGACAGGGAGGAAAGUGGUCAACGGAUUCCAUUCAAUGGGUGCAGGACAGGCUGGGUGCCAUCAACGGAGAGAUCAUCCAAAUAACCGUAGACUUUGGUGUUCUGGAUGUGGUUUAUGUCAAGGAAAUAACCUUGAUAGAGGAGUGCCCGACAAUGCUAACGAGUGUCUACAAAACGUUUUUGCGCAAGGAGCUGCUUCGACAUGGAUUCGCCAAAAUUGAUAACACAAGCAUCCGAGAGCUCCGAGCAAUCCAUGAACAUUGGGAAAAAGAAAUUAAAGAGUUGGAAAGCAACAAGGAAAACAUUGAAGGUUGUUCUACCGACUUGGAUGAUCGUAACAACAAACUAGCUUCUCUGGAAACAAAUGUAAAAGACCUUGAUCCGGUUAAAAAAACAUUAAUGUUAGCUUCACCUAAUAGCAAUGAAAAUUUGGAGGAAAGAAAGCCCGUGACAGAUAAAAUAAAAAGAGAUGCCGAUUUACCGAAUGAAAAUAAUGCUGCACUAACAAAUGUAGAUGAUCUUAAUAAAUCCGUGGAGGUGGAAGAAGUCCAAGACGCUUCACCAAUAGAUAGUUCCACUGCAUUAAUAAACGCUCUGAUUAACGAGCUAAAUACUACAAAUCCGCCCACGAAAAAGAAUACACAAGAAUUCCUACAAAACUUAGUACAAGGAGAAGAGAACCAGACAAUUCCUCACAAAAUUUCCUCUGCAAAAUCCGUAAAACAAGUGAUUGGUUCUCAAGAUCCUCCAAAGGAACUUGUUUUACAGUCCCUAAACUGCGCCUCGAAAUAUAGUGAAUCAGUGUAUCCGAUGGUUAAAUGGCACCAGACCCAAACCCAUAUCGAACUUAUAAUAGAACAGCAGGUAUUGGAGUAUAAGCUUGUUCUAGAUAGAAAUUCAUUAGAAUAUAUGGUGAAUGGGACGACACCUCCUCAAAGAUUUAUCCUUAAUCUGCUCGGAGAGGUGAGGAUUGACUCGGUGAAACAACACGGCUAUUACCUACAUAUCAAAUUGGCCAAGGCUGGUCUACUCUUGCACUGGCCAACUCUUCUCAACUCGCUUUAUCUUCAAAAACAUGCCCACUGGCUGAUCUACGACACGGAUCGUUCUCAUGAACCUCCACCAUCACAUGGUUUGGUUCUUUGGGAUGGGUACCUGACGCACGAGAAAACAAAGAGCUACUCAGAUCCUGAGCGAGAUGAAUUCGAUUCCGCCGCAGAGGACGUAAUCGAGCCAGGGGUGGAAUAUUGCGAUAUGGAUUCGACCUUAUAUGAAGAUUAACAUCGUUUUUUACUUUAGUUUACUUUAAAACAAAAGCUAAUUUUCUUUAGCUUGAUUAUUUUGAAAUUUGUUA